GUCGGCACUGACUUCAGCUCCACCAAUUCGUCAGGUAUAAGCCAACUGAUUUUUAAUGACAGAAAACGCUGAUAUUGCAAGCGGCAUAUACGCUGAGAAUGAGGCCUUUGACGCAUGCACAGUAGCAUUCGUUUUGUUUAGAGAUAAUGAUGUCGAUAAAACAGUCGAAAACGAAUCCCCUUCUCCGUCUGCGUUACGAGUGUCAGUCACCAUUGAGUUGGGACUGUUGAAAGCCGUCGGGAAUUUUCGAAACAACUGUUCGUGUUGAUUGCAUUGUUUACAAGAUCAUCUGGUUCCUGUAAGAAGAAAUGAAAGCUCUAAAAACUGUGGCGUUUGUUUUCUUCGUCGUUUUCCAAGUUCUGCCUCGUCCCUCUGCAACUUUCGGGGUAUUGAACCAUGACAAGAACUUGAAAUUGUAUUCGCGAGGCGAGGGCGAUAUUGAAAUUGGACCUGAUCCGACUUUCCAAUGCCCACCAAACACUCCCGUUGCUCCUCAUCCUGAAAGAUGCGAACUGUACUACACCUGCUAUGCUGGAUAUCCUGUCACGCUUUGGCAAUGCUAUUCAGACUACUUGUUUGACCUGCGCUUUUCCGGCUGUAAUUUCCCAUACGAUACCGAUUGUGGCAACAGACUGCAGCCCAAUUCUACGAGCGUGGCAACUACCAGGAGCCCAGUAUUCUCCUGUCCGGAGAAUGGAUACUAUCCAGUAUCAGCGUGCAGUGAUCAAUAUUACUUGUGUGUUAACGGAGAUGUUUAUCCCCAGGUUUGCCCAGACGGCAGCGUUUUCGAUCCUGACCUCUUGUACUGUGUUUUCCCCGAUCAAGUACCAGCGUGCGGAGUGACAACCUCUGAAAGCAUUAGCACAACUACAAUUGAGUCGCAUUCGUCUACUACCCCGACACCCAUCAGAUGCGAAGCUGACGGAUUCUACGCUUUUGAACCAUGUCUCACGGUGUAUUACGCCUGCGUUGAUGGAGUUGCUUAUUUCCAAGAAUGUCCAAACGGCUGGAUUUUCGUCGAGGCCGGAGUCAAAAUGUAAACGACCAGAGGAGACGGAUUGCAUCGAUUCGACAACGACGACUCCUGCAACAACUACCACCGUUAACAACUGCGAUGUAACUACUGUGGCACCUUCCGAAUUCGUUUGCCCGGACAACGAGACUAAUUUUUAUCCCAUCUACCCCGGCGCAUGUUCGGCAAACUAUUACACGUGUUACCUAGGGGUGGCGUAUCCGCAGGAAUGCCAGCAAGGAUACAUUUUUGAUGGACCAACAGGCGCGUGUGUGCCUCUUCAAGAUGCCGGUUGCACCCCAUGUCCCAAUUUCAUCUAAUGUUUUGGGAGAUGUCACUGGAAAGGUUAAGCGCAAAUCAAGAAUUAAAACGUUCAACCAAAUGUCAACGCAAUUGUUUCUCUUUUAUCAAUAAAAAAAUAAAUAAUAAUUUCCUCGU